AUGCUGACCAUCCCCACCCUCUCGGCCGCGCACAAGAAGGGAGUCCACACCAUGCAGGCCAUCGGUCUUCUCGCCGACAUGGGCCACGAUGGCACCGCUGCGCACCGCGGGCAGGGCGUGCAGCGCGACAUGCCGGGCGUCGCUUGCAAUGUGACCGGCGGCGGCGGCCGCUGCGAGCAGCUCCAAUUUGGACGAUACACCGCCGUCGGCCAUUGCGACUGCGGCCCGCACGGUGUGUGCGAGCCGCUGACGGGAGAGUGCCUCUGCCAGUGGGGAUGGGCAGGCAAGCAGUGCGAGGUGGCCGCCUUCCCAGCGUGCGGACUGGGGGCGGAGCUCUCUCGCGCGCAGCUAGCCGCCUCGUGCGCCUCAAUGCGGCUGCUCUCGCCUGUCGCGUGCGCGUGCCUCGCACAGUGCCUCGAUGCCGGCCACGAAGCUCGGCUGACCACUCUCGGACGCUACCUCGCGGGCGGUCGCGCCUUUGACUCGUCGGCGCCCGCCGCUCCGGCAGAGCUCCCGGCGCGCAAGCACUUGCGCGGCGUGGCGGGCGGCACCCGCCAUGCGAACGCUGCACGUGCGGGCUCGUGCGAGGCGUCGUACCGCUGUGUCUGCGUCGACGGCGCCUUUGGUGACGGUUGCGAGAGCAUCUGCUCCAACGAUUGCUUCAACGGCUGCUCUGGCCACGGCACGUGCGUGCACGGCUGGUGCCAGUGCGACGCUGGCUGGUAUGGCGUCGACUGCUCGGACGCCGCGGGGCUCCAGCGCUCGGCUCUCUCCACCGACCCGAUGCAAUUCGGAGACGGGACGACCCGCGCGCAGCUGAGCGUGCUGCCGGUCACGCUGCGGCCGCACUUGCGUCGGCUCCGCCGAUCCGUCUACGUCUACCAGAUGCCGGCGUCGGUCAACCGCGCCGCCGAGGCGUGGAUGUGGAGGCAGUGGGGCAAGGACGCCGGCCGCGGCUGCGACCCGGUGCACAACCGGCGCAUUUACUCUGCCCAGUCCCACUUCGACGCCCACCUGCUGCACGAUGACUUCACGCGCACGCUCGACCCCAAGCGCGCGUCGCUCUUCUACGUGCCCCUCUUUCUCAACCAGCGCGUGCCGUGGGGCGCCGACCUCAACGCGUCGAUGAGCCGCGCGCUGCAGUACAUCCGCACCCGCCACCCGUGGUGGAACGCCUCCUCCGGCCGGGACCACGUGUGGUUCGUGUUUGGCGAGCGGCAGACCUGCCUCGUGCCGCCCGAGAUUGCAAAGGCCUCCAUCAUCGUCGGCCACUGGGGCGACGAGGACUGCAUGUCCCCCGACAAAGACGUUGUCGUGCCGACCAUCACACCCGUGCAGCACGACUACCCGCGUUUCGUCCAGGGGCGCGACGGCACCCAUUCGCUCCAGCGCUCGAUGAGGGGGUCGGCCGAGCUCCCCCUCGGCCGGUCGGGGCCGCUCGUCUUCUUCGCGGGCGGGAUCACCUCAUUUGGCGCGUCGCAGGACAACUUGCGCAAGGGCGGCAUUGACUCGCAGGAGAAGCAGGAGAAGUGGCUCAAGCGCGUGACUGCUGACCGCUGCGCGCGGCCAGACGUGUCGUGCCGCCAGGUCUACUCGAUGGGGGUGCGGCAGGCGAUCUGGCGGGAAAAGCUCUACGCGGAGCCGGACAUGCGGAUCGUGUCGGCCGGCGUGCCCGACUACUUCGACGUGGUCACCAAGGCGCGCUUCUGCAUCCACACCGAGGGGAACGGGUGGGGCGCGCGCGUGGUGGACUACAUGGCGAUGGAGUGCCUCCCUCUGAUGGUCAACGACCGGAUGAUCUUCCCGUAUGCCAACGUGCUGCCGUGGGAGGACUUUGCGAUCCACCUCCGCAAGGACCAGAUCCCCGCCCUCGCCGCCACUGUCCGCAACAUCUCGCAGCGCCGGCAGGAGGAGAUGCGCACCGCGCUGCGGCUCUACAAGGCGGGCUUCGUGUGGUGGCGGCCCGACGGCGCGGCCUACGAGUUCACGCUCGCGGCUCUCGGCCAGCGCGUCGAGCAGCUCGGGCUCGGCCGCGCCGCCAGGCAAGCCCGCGCGAGGAGCUGA